AUGGCGUGUUUCAAGAAUAUUUGCUUCGUGUUACUUAUAAACUAUCUCGGGCUAUACAAUCUGGCUUAUGCAAACGUUGAAAAAGAAAUUUUCUCUUCAAACCUUGACGGCGUUUCACAAUCCGUUUAUAAAAAAAUUAGUGAAUGGAGUACACACAAGGGAUUGGUGACAUUAAUAUCACCAUACGCCAUUCAACGUUAUGAAAGGAUAGUACCUUUUCGAAAUAUUGAGGAAUUUUCUGACGCGUUAACGGGAGAAAAAGAAAAUUGGUAUGUGAUUGAUGGUUUAGAGGAAGGAAGUACAUACGAGGCAAGAAUAUCAUACGCCGCUACGUCACCGACUACUUUUGUUUUGGAAAUAAUGGGAUUCGAAGAUGCGGCAAGGAUAUUGAGAAAAAGAAAUGUUUUACAAGAUCAUGAGUCGACUUCCGAGUUAAGAGUUUUCACUACAAAAAAACUUAUCCGCGUGAGGGCAAUUUACGACGGCGUGUCAAUUACUCCUAACAGAGAUUCUCAAGUGAUUAUAUACAAUAUUGUUUUGGAAAAUUUGAUAUAUGGCAUCCCACGCGUGGCAUUCAAGCUAAUAUUCCUCCUCGGUGUUACAAUGGGUGCGGCAUACUUCCUAUUUGUACCAAAGAUAUACAAUGCCCUGCGUAAAGUUGUGGAAGAAAAAGAGAAAAAAGAAUAA